CCACCCAACCCAACCGCCUUCAAUCCCCUGUAUAUAAUCCCCCGCCCACCCCUUCUCCCCUUCCCACUUCCAAUUCCAAUUCCAAUUCCCCUUCCUUCCCACAGGCUUCACAGCCACGCCACCCCCCGAUGCGCUCGCCGCCGACCGAUCAGAGGCGCCGCUAGUCUACAGGCUCUAGUCUAGUCUACAGACAGGCUCGGAGCGAUGGGCGAGAUGGAGUCGACCUCGCCCCCGGCAGGAGCGGGCGGCGCGGUGCUGCAGGUGGUGUUCGUGGACGGGGAGCGGAGCGUGAACCUGGGCACUGUGACCGUGCAGCCGUCGCUGGGGGUUCGGAAGCUGCAGGCGGUGGUGGCGGACCGGGUGGGCGUGGCGCCGCAGCAGAUCUCGGCGUCGCUGGCCCGGCCGCGCCGCCAGCGCCGCGUGCCGCUCGACGAGGGCGCCGACCUCGCCGCCGCCGUCGCGCGCGAGGGCGCCGGGUGCUACGUCCUCGCCGGCCUCCGCCGCUCCCGCCGCGACCGCCGCGGGGGCCGCUCCCGGCGCGACAGGAAGGGCGCGGGCGCGGGGGUCGGGUCUCAGCAGCCGCUGCUGAUGGCUCCGACGGGCUCGGAGCGGACCAUCCUCAAGCGGCUCCCGUCGACGGAUCUGGCGUCCCUGGCCGCACCGACGGCGUUCGGCGGGUGGGACUACGAGGCGCAGCUGCGGGAGCUGCAGCGGCAGCACGAGUGGUACAUGAUGAGCACCGCCGCGCCGGACCCGUACCUCCUCCCGCCGCUGCUCGACGACCCGCCGGCGGCGCGCUGGCCGGCCCGUCCCUCGACGCCCUGCCCCGACUGCGAGGCGGCGGCCGCGCUGGGCCUGCGCGAGCCGGCGUUCCACUGGUGCGUGCGCGACGCCGUGACCGUGGGGUUCCGCUCCCCGGUCGGCCCCAUCGAGCGCCCGUCCGCGAGGAGAUCCCCUUCCCAGACGCCGUCGCCGUCCCCGUCGCCGCCUCCCCACAGCCGCCUGCCGUCCUUCAUCCAUCCCGGCCUGAUGCCCCUCUGCUACUAGGGAAGCCGCCGGCCCGCCCGCCCGUCAGUUAAUUAAUUAGAAGGAGGUGUAGAGGAAAAGCGAAAGGGGAAUUGAAUCGGGCGUGGUCCGGUUGCGUGCGGGGCUUGUGCAGUGGGAGGAGGAGGAGCAGAGGACAAGCCAAGGAAGGCGACGACUUGAUCAGACAAGGGAAGAGAAGAGAGGAGCGGUGCCUGGCUGGCCGGCUGGACACGUUCCGGCUGGCCUGGCUCUGGCUGGAGGAUUUCUUUUCUUUCUUUGUGGUUUUGUUCCGUUUCCGUGUUUUGCUGGGGGUGGUUGGGCUGUGAAGCUGUGCUAGUGCUGUGUGACAGACCAGACAGACCCAUCCCUCCUUCUGGAACCCUCCUCUGUUUUUAUUUCUUUUCCUUUGUUUAGUGUGAGAGAGAGAGAGAGAUAGUGAGUGAGUGAGUGAGAGAGCCCGUAGUGGAUUACGGGCGAUAUUGGUAGUUGUUUCUGGUAUAUCGAAGUGGUAUAUGCAGAUGA